AUGUAUCCUUAUAUAGCAGGACAAUACAGCGUUAACGUAGUGCAGAGUGAGACUGACAGUUUAUUAAACAGUGAAGCAAGUGACGAGGUAAUGGUUUGCAGUCAUUACAAACCAUUGUUUAUAUCAUUAACAGUACACGGUAGGGAUGUUCAAAUGGAGUGUGAUACAGGCAGUGCCAUUUCAUGUAUUAGCUACGAGUUAUAUAAACAACAAUUCAGUAACCUAAAACUGAAUAUGUGUUCUUUGUUGCUAAGGUACUAUUCGGGUGAACAAGUGAAACCUGUAGGUGUGAUAAGGCCUUUAGUAAAGUACAAAGAUAAAGAAAAGCAUCUCGAUUUAUAUGUUAUUAAAAAUGGUAAAAGUAUAUUGUUAGGCAGACAAUGGUUGGCAGAACUCAAUAUAAAGUUACCUCCAUUUGGAAGCUUAAACUGUUUAUCGAAUGAUGUUUUUAACUUGAACGAUUUCAGUUCCAGAUAUUGUAAGGUGUUCGCGGACGGCCUGGGACGGUUCACUGGGCCGCUGGUGAGCAUCCGUGUUCAUGCGAGCACGUCCGCUGGCUUAUGCGUUACGUGCACCCGUGGAGCGCGCACUCGAGCAGCUGGUGGGGAUGGUAUCCUCACGCCCGUUGACCACUCCGACUGGGCGACUAUCAUAGUGCCCGAGGUGAAAAAAGACGGUAACAUUAGGAUUUGCGCCGAUUAUAAGUUAAUUUUAAAUAAAGUUAUAGAAGUCGACCGCUAUCCUUUGCCUAGAGUAGAAGACUUACUGGUACGUUUACAAGGGGGGCAGUGGUUCAGUAAAAUUGACCUUUCACAAGCUUACGCACAAAUUGUACUUGACGAAUCUGCCAAAUACACGGUGAUUAACACACACACAAGGGCUUGUUUAGGUAUAACAGCUUAG